AUGCACCAAGAUGUAUUGAGUAGUCGAGUUCAGUCAUAUGAUGGCAUACCAGCAUGGUUAUAUGAUAAGUUUCCAGCUCCAGCGCAUGCAUAUCCUUGGCCAUUGAACUCGGCACCACCAGUUGGAGAUUGGUUCUUUGGGUAUAUAACAGAAGCAUGUUCGCAUGGAUUUCAAUGUUUGUAUGACAAUGUGUCAGGUGCUGUAGAAUCAAUGAGCAAAUUCUGGCGAUUAGUGGCUAAAACGUUUGGAGGAUAUUCAAAUGUGCUAGGAUACGAGUUGAUUAAUGAACCUUGGGCUGGAAACUACAUUGCCAACCCAUUUUUGAUAUUGCCUGGUAUCGCCGGUUCGACGAAUUUGCAACCACUCUAUGAUAAAUUAGCUAAAGCUAUUCGAUCAGUAGACGAAAAGACGUUGAUUUUCUAUGAACCAGUAACAUGGGGAGUUCGAUUGAAUGGUAAAUACGUUGGUACAGGAUUUACUCAUGUACCAGGUGGUGACUCUUAUCGUGACCGCAGUGUUUUGUCCUAUCAUUAUUAUUGCAUUGUCUUGUCACUCGAUCCCGUUCCAGGCAAUGGUACCAUACCUAUUUUUGAACGUGUUCUCUGUGAUGAUAUCGAAGGACCGGCUGUCUUUGAAUCUGUUCGAGUUGAUCUCCUUCGGUUAGGUGGCUCAGCAUUUCUGACUGAAUUCGGUGGAUGUGAUGACUCACCCACAUGCGACGAACAACUUCGGUGGGCUCUAGGUGCAGCGGAUGAAUUUUAUCAAUCGUGGGCCUACUGGGGGGCUGUUCGCGAUCAAAAAACUACCAUCGAUCGGCUGGCACGAGUGUAUGCUAGAGCUAUCGCUGGCAAACCUAUUCUCAACAUGUAUGUUCCUGAAAGACGAUACUUCUACUUGACCUAUUACAUCGAUACAACCAUCAAUGAACCUACAGAAAUCUUUGUGCCCAAUUUACAUUUUCCAAAAGCAAGUUACAAUGUAACUGUCAGUGAUACACUGAAAUGGAAAGUCGACCCGACAAAUCCAAACAUUCUUCUAGUAGAACCUAGUGAUCAGCUGCUGCGAAAUGGAGAUGCGGUUAUCAUUGGUACUGUAGAAAUCAAUCCAAAAAUGUGA